AUGGAUACAGAAAACAAUGAUUAUCCAAUCCAAAAUGCAAUCAAAGAAGGCAAAAUAAAUCUAGCAAAACAAUUAAUAACAGAAAACCCAAAACAUUUAUAUCAAAAAGAUUCAGAUGAAAGAACUCCAUUACAUUGGGCAGUUUCUGCAAAUAAUAUAGAUUUAGUAAAAUUUAUAAUUUCAUGUUCUCCAGACACCAACAUUGAUGAAUACGUAGAUUUAAGUGGUUGGUCUCCAUUACAUAUCGCUUCAUCUAUUGGAAAUAUUGAAAUUUUAAAUUUAUUUAUGCAUAUGAAUAAUCCACCAGAUAUAAAUUCUAAAACUGAUUUAGGUACAACUCCAUUACAUUUAGCAAUUUCCAAAAAUCAUUUAAAUUACGUCAGAACAUUAAUUAAUGAAUUUAAUGCAAAUUGUAAAACAAAAGAUAAAAAAGGUUAUACACCAUUAAUAAGAGCAUCAUCAAUUGGAUCUAUUCCUAUAAUACAAGAAUUACUUCAAAAAAAAGUACCAGUAAAUGCAAAAGAUAAUGAUGGAUGGACAAGUUUACAUCAUGCAUUAGCUGAAGGUCAUGGUGAUGUUGCUGUUUAUUUGGUUGAAAAAGGAGGUGCUGAUCCAAAUAUUUUAAAUAAUGAAGAUUUAAAACCUAUUCAAGUUAGUGUUGAUGAAAAAGUUGGAAGAUAUUUUAAAGAUCAUAUUGAUGCUAAAAUUAGAGAAAUUGAAUAA